AUGACUCAGAGUGUGGACACAUCGUUUAUACCAGACCUCCCCAAAGGACCUUUGUGCGUGUAUCGAAAAAGGGUAAACUUUGAUUGGAAACGUCUGCGACUUAUAUUUGAGAAGGAAGAAGUGUUACGUCUCAAGUACAAAGUGUGGAAAAUUCUCGAGAAUGACCCUCUCUUUUCACAGCCAAUAUCUACACUACCUACCGAUCAACAGAAACGUAUUUGUGCCAUGCAAAUGAAUCGCAUGAAACAACUAGAUUUAGUUCCUCAGGAGAUCGAACAGCGUUCGUUCAGCGAAAAAACCAAAUAUUUAAUGGGCAUCAAUGAGGCCCUACAUGCCUACUGUCCCAGUUUAUCGGUGAAGAUUGCCUUGGGAGUGGGUCUGUUCAAUAAUGCCAUUCGAGCCAUGGGCACUGAAAGGCAUAUGAAAUACUAUGAGGCUGCUUGGAAUCGUGAAAUUGUCACAUGCCUAGCCAUUACUGAGCUAUCGCAUGGCAGCAACACCAAAUGCAUCCGCACAACGGCAACCUAUGAUCCAACCACACAAGAAUUUAUCAUAAAUACGCCCGAUUUUGAAGCUGCCAAAUGUUGGGUUGGUAAUUUGGGUAAAACGGCCACUGUAGCCAUGACAUUUGCUAACCUCUAUACACCAGACGGUGUAAAUCAGGGUUUGCAUGGUUUUAUAAUACCCAUUAGAGACCCGAAGACACUUCAAGCUUAUCCUGGUGUAUUAGUCGGAGAUAUUGGCGAGAAGAUUGGUUUAAAUGGCAUAGACAAUGGCUUUGUUAUGUUUUCCAAUUACAGAAUACCGCGCGAGAAUUUACUAAAUCGUACAGGUGAUGUAACACCAGAGGGUGUCUACGAAAGUGUUUUUACAGAACCGGGAAAAGUGCUGGGAUCUGCAUUGGAAUCAUUUUCGGCUGGUCGAAUUGGUAUCAUGCAGGAAUCGGUGAACACUUUGUCGACUGCUUCCAUUAUUGCUGUACGUUAUGCUGCCUUACGGAAACAAUUUGGACCGGAAAAGUCGGGACCCGAAGUAGCCAUAAUCGAAUAUCAACUUCACCAAUGGCGAAUUUUCCCAUACUUGGCGGCUUCCUGCGUUUUAAAAAUUGCUGUUAUGGAAUUAACAGAUAUAUAUUUGGGAAUUAUUGAAAAAUCCCAGGCAGAUUCGAAUGGCUUUGAAUUGUUGACUCAGGCCGUAUCGGAAAUUCAUGCUGUUAUAUCAUCAUCGAAACCAAUGAUCACAUGGACUGCUCGUGAUGCUAUACAAGAAGCAAGGGAGGCUUGCGGUGGCCAUGGAUAUCUUAAGGCUUCCAAAUUGGGCGAUUUACGUAACGACCAUGAUCCCAGUCUUACGUACGAGGGUGACAACAAUGUUCUUGGCCAGCAAGCAUCGAAUUGGUUACUUCGGCAGUGGAACCAAGGUAUUGAAAGUCCAGUGGGUACGGCGAAUUUCCUUAAAGACAGAGAAAAUAUUCUAAAACAAAAUUGGCAAUCAGUCCUGAAACAAACACCAAUCGAAUCAUUUGAAUUUGUAUUAAAAUGUUACGAAUGGAUGUUGUGUCAUUUGUUGGAUAUCACAUCGUCGAACAUUGCCAAAGAUAUGAAGGGCGGUAGCCAUCGAUUUGAUGCUCGCAACAAUUCCCAAGUGUAUGGAGCACGCGAUAUGUCCAUAAUAUAUGCUGAAUAUUUCUGUCUGUCACGCUUCAUUGAGAGAUUCCAUCGAUCGGAUGUAACCGGAGAAUACUCCAAAGUACUAAAGUUGGCGUUUGAUAUUUACGCCAUGAGGUGCUUCGACAGACACAUGACCACCUUCUAUGUUGGCGGAUUUGCCCAUGGUUCCGAGUUUGCGGAUCUAAUAAGAACACGUCUUCUACAAAAAUGUGCAGAGUUCAAGGAUUCUGCUGUUGCCGUUGCAGAUGCGCUAGCACCACCAGACUUCGCACUAAACUCCGUUAUAGGAAAAGCUGAUGGCUUAUUGUAUGAAAACUUGCAGAACGAAUUUAUGACAAAUUCGGGUGCCUUUGAGAGGCCACCAUGGUGGCGUGAUAUCAUCAUUCCCCAAACGAAAUCGAAACUUUAAUUGAAAUGCCUUUUUAAA